AUGGGUUAUAAGAUUGAGAAACGCAGACGUCGCUCCAGCUCCCCAGAACACGUAGACCCCAAACAAAGCACCACUUCACGGAAGCGCACCCGCCAUGGACACAACACUCGAAACACCCGAAGCCAAAGUCCAAACCAAGCAGACUCGCCCCAUCCCAGAAGCGAAUAUACCCCCGCACCCCCAAGCAACCUCCCCGAAGUUGCCCAGGCGUCUCUCAUCGUCAAAGAUGAAACAGAAUCUCUCGUCCUAGACGCGUUCCCCAAUCUCGACAUCAGCUCCCCCGUCCCCUCCCCGAUGUCCGUCGACGUCGACUCCACCAACCCCAUCGAAAGUUCCGACCCUGACUCCCCCAUGCCCGCCAAUGCCACAGAAUCCGAAUCCACCAUGAAACUAGGCUCCGACGUCGAACUCGCCGCCUUCCAGUCCCCCGAAGUCCUCUGCGUCGGCUAUAGCACUCUCCCGCUUGCCGGCAUCGUCGAGCUCCUCACACCAAUGGACGUUUCCCACAUCGUCGACAUUCGCUCCAAACCAGUCUCAAAUGUUAACCCGGAGUUUGACAUUGUGAAACUGAAGUCCAGCAGGUAUCUCAUGGAGAACAACAUUGAGUAUCUCUGGCUCGGGCUGUCGCUCGGGGGACGAAGGGAUAAUAUGGAAAAGGACAAUAUGGCAGCCGUGAUAAGACACAAGGAGAUGCUCGUGCCGGACUUGAAGAACUACGCUGCGUAUAUGACUACCCGGGAAUUCAAAGCGGGAUUGACCCAGUUAAAGGAUCUGGCGAUAGAGCAGGCGAAGAUAGGGAAGAGGGUCGUGAUUAUGUGCGAUGAGGCCGUGCACUGGCGGUGUCAUCGACGCAUGAUUGCAGAUAGACUUGUGGCGGAUAACUGGACCGUGAAGCAUAUGGGGUUGAAGGUGAAAGAGUGCGUGGAUCAUGUCAUGUGGAAUAUUUCGAGGAAGGCUCCGGAUGGGGAGGUGGUGUAUGAUAAGCCGCGGCCGCAGCUUGAAAACUGA